AUGUCAGCCCCCGAGUCCCAAGCAACAAUGGAUGAUUCCGAGUUUGAGAAGACACUCCUGCAGCUGCGAUGUUUCGACACCAUGUUUCUCAUCGACGAUUCGGAAGCCAUGCAGCCCUACUGGCCCGAAAUCAAGACAUUGAUAGAGCGCAUUGCACCCAUCUGCGCCAAACAUGAUCCAGACGGAGUCGACCUGUACUUUGUCAACCACCGACCAGGAGGUGUCUUGGCUAAAUUGCCCGGAGUCCAGUCCAUCCGAAAGUCGGGCUACACGCAUAUCGGCGGCUUUGCAGGCAGCAUGCUCUUGACGAGCAAAGGAAAACAGGUCAGCGCUAUCUUCGACAAGGUCCAGCCGGCUGGCAAGUGCAACAUGGGCGCGAGGCUUGGUGGCCUGCUCAAGUGGUACUGUGAUAAGUUCACGGCCGGAGAAGAAAAGGCAGCUCUCAACAUUAUCGUCCUCACAGCCGGCAAAUUCGACGACGACAUCAAAACACCCCUGAUCCAAGCUGCCAGGACUCUCGAUGAGGCCAAAGCACCAAUUCACCAGGCUGGCGUCCAGCUGUUCCGUCUUGGAGGCCCGGAUCUUGAGCGACAGAAGACACUGCAACAUCUCGACGACGAGCUGCACAAGGAGGCUGCAACGAGAGACAUCGUCGACACAGUGACGUGGAGUGGACAUGGCACAACAAUGUCAGACGAUGAGCUACUCAAGAUUGUGUUGGGCGCAGUUAUCAAGAGGAUCGAUAUCCGUGCCUCUGAGUUGCACUUGGAUGACUUGGCUCCCACAGCACGCGCUGAGCGGGAGUUUGAUGAGGAGAAUGUGAUCUAG